UCCAGCCAUUGUACUGAGUCAGCGGCCAUGCGCAAAUGGGUCCAGAGGAGGGCUGUGCUGUGUAGGCUGUAGUCUACAUAAGAUCGCAGCCUGCGGGACCGCACGCGCACACCGCUAGCGGAGCUCACCGGCCGCAUCUGGCCUGGCGCAUAUCUACGAGACGCACCGACUUGACGAGCGCGCCUGGCAGCCGGGGAUCGUGCCGGCAACCCUCGCUUCUUCUAACUGACUGUCUGGAUGCAGGCGGCAGCAGCGAUGUGGCGACCCCGCUGUUAACUCCCCGGACCCCCCAGCUGCGCGUAUUGACCCCCCCCCUCCUGCCGGUUCUCUGUGUAGGAGGCAGAGUGAAUCCAGGAUGAAGCUCAAACCGAACCAGACCAGGACGUACGACGGCGAGGGCUUCAAGAAGCGAGCGGCGUGUCUGUGCUUCAAGAACGAACGGGAGGAAGAGGUUCUGCUGGUGAGCAGCAGUCGACACCCGGACCAGUGGAUUGUCCCUGGAGGGGGGAUGGAGCCGGAGGAGGAGCCGUGCGGUGCUGCCGUGCGAGAGGUGUUCGAGGAGGCCGGUGUGAAAGGGAAGCUGGGACGUCUUCUUGGUGUAUUUGAGCAAAAUCAAGACCGAAAGCACCGGACGUACGUGUACGUGUUGACCGUCACCGAGACGCUGGAGGCCUGGGAGGACUCUGUUAACAUAGGACGCAAGCGGGAGUGGUUCACGGUAGACGAGGCCAUCAAAGUGCUGCAGAGCCACAAGCCCGUCCACGCCGAGUACCUGCGGCGGCUCCAGCUCAGCUGCUCCCCCACCAACGGCAACUCCAUCCUCCCCAGUCCGCCGCCCAACGACAACUACCCGCAUUACAGCGCCACCGCCAACACGCCGUCGGCGGGCAGCGUCAUGGGCUCCUCCUGCAGAUAGGACUGCACCCGAGCCCGCUCGGACAGUUCACUGGAAGUCUGUACAGCCUUGCAUGAAUCAGACUUGCAGCGUUUUACAUGUAUAAUAGUCUUAGCUGCAGGACAGACCAAAGCCGUUUGCCAGAACUGCACGAAAACCUGUAGGACUGCGCAGGAGACGCUGGCAACGCUCACAUGUCUGUAAAUAUGGAUGAGAUCCCAAGAACAGUUUUUCUUUUUCCUGGCAAACACCAGUUUGAGAAGAGGAUGCUGCCGACUCUGCUGGCGUGAGCGACCAGGUGAAGGAAUGCCUUAUAGAAACUUUGUAUGAAUGUUUUAUUUCACUAAUGGUCCUUUUUAUUUCCUCUUAGCUGAAUGGAUAUGCUGCUAGUCAAAGCAUAUCCAUGUAAAGAAUGUUUCCAUAAUGAUAAAGGCUAAUAUCACGUUAUACUACAUGGAUGUAACUUAAAAAAAACACAAGCGUUUAUAUGUGAAGUAGGAUUUUUCUUUAAACUAAUAACUCUAAUUACUAUGACGUCAUUUGACCUAAAUCGAUAAAAUCCACUUCGAAACCAAGUGUUUUAGGCAAUUUGUGUUACAAAACCCACAGGAACAAAAUCUAAAUAAAGUUGCCAGGAUAAAAGCUGUCAGCUGUUGCUACCUCAGUAAACUGGAAACUGGAUCUGAGUCCCGGUGCUGGUCAGUGUCCUGCAGUGUUUCAUAGCUGAACUUCAGCCAAUGCCUCCACUUUAGGUCGGCUUCAUAAUCAGAGCUACAUACCUUUCUCCCGUGUAGUCAGAUUCAAAGUAUUUAAUGGUGCAAAGUGCAAAUCUUUGCCUGCACAGUGUUUUGCGCUGCCUUUAACCGUAACUGGAGGUCAACUGAGGUUCAAAUUUCCAUACGUUUCCUUACGCUAUGAAUGAUUUGCCUUGAAUGAAGAGUCAUGGUGGUUUUUAAGGAACCAUAGGAUUAACAAUGAUGUUUCUGCUCUAAGUACAGUUUUGGGGGGGUCAUGAACAUCAAUGUAUCGACUUAACUGUGUCUCAGUACAUCUCCAGUAUGAGCAAAAACCCAGUGGAACAGGAAUCCAAAGAGUGUUUCAUAUUCGCUGGUGAAAUGUCACCUCACAGAUGAUGAGUUAUGUUUUGCUCAUUCACGGUCAACACACGCCCACACACUUCUGCGCGACGGCUGAAUGAUGACUAGUAACCACACAGAGAUUUGUAAAUAGCGUUGAAGCGAAACGGGGAAAAUGUGUUUUUAACCUGAAUGAGCCUGUAAAAAAAAACGUAAUAUUUUUUACAUUUUUGUCAAUGUACAAACUGGUAGAAAAGCCCAUUGAGAUGCAGUACGGGACGCUGGGGACCGUGAUGAUGUGCCACAGGUGGAGGGUUAUAGGGUUUGUGUUUUAGCAUGAUGUAGAGAUAUCAGUUGAAUGAACACUGGGUUAAUUCCAUGAGGUUCUCCACAAUGAAUUAUAAUUAAGGUGUAAAAGCCUUUAUGAAUAUCAGCUUGUCUGUUAUGGCCAAGCAAGCACACACACAUCAGUAUUAAUGAACACAGAAUAUUGAACUGGUUGUGUUCUUCUUUUUUUUUUUUUAAAGAAUCCACGUCUAACAUUUUGGAACAAUAUCAAGGUUUUGAAACGUAGAGGGAGGAGAACAGAAACUGCUUUAUCAUAUGCUGACACGUCUUUAUUUUGUGUUCUGAUCCACUUUGGUUUCAUAGGAGAUGAAAGGCGACCAUUUUAAAAUUCAAAUGUGAAGGUUUCUGCCCAGUUUCAUACAGAAAAUGCUUCUUUGUAACUUCUUCUCCUAAUCGACGUUGUUUAAUGACUCCAACAGUUUCAACCUGAGUUUGUGUCUAUGUAAGUGUAUUAUGGUUAUGAUUAACAUAUAUAAUGUGCCAAAUGGAAAAAAAUCUAUUCUAAAGGAGAAAUGUUUGACAUUAUAUAAUUUUGUAAUGUCAGUGUGAAAAAAGUGUUUUGUUGAAUGUACUGCAUUUUCCAUUAAUGAAAUUAUGACUAGCGUUAAUUCUUCACCCUUUGGUGGUUUAAACCCACUUGUCAUGUAACUGAACAAUUGCAGACCACAGUACAAGUCAAGGUGAAUUUACUGACACUAGUUCAUGCUGAUGCUUUAUUAUUAGCGCCUCCUCCCUCCGGAGGCUGAAACACUGCUUGAUACUCGGGUUGCUGCGAGUCAUGACAAGAAUCCCAAGAGCCUGGACACAACGUCUGCUGAACGACUGGAUGCUGUCGAUGUGGUCGGCUUGAAUGUUCGACAUCCUUCACGUCCCGAGGAUGCGUCUGGGACAAAUGAAUCAAAAAGACUGUUCAGCAAAAAAGCAACUUUAAUGUGAAAUUAAUUUGAAGAACCAGACUAGAAAGAUUGUUUUGACAAAAAAAUGAAAUAAAAGGAAAAACAUUA